UUGGAUUCCACCGGACUGCCAAGCUGCUGGCUCAGAUCGGGCAGAGCCCGUUCAAGAAGUUUCUGACCGGUCUGUGCCAAUUGCGCUCAGUCAACUCGAGAGGGCCUUCCAUCGGUCUUUCAACACCAUAAACCGGCUCUACAUGUAAAAGAUGGCCCAAGAAGCUCCGUUACAGGACCCAACAGCCGGUCUUGGCACCGGAAGUACCCAGGCAGACGCCAUCAACAACAACACGCAAACAGAGGCCAAUGGCUCGGUGCCGGCGCCGUCGAACGGCAUUAGCGCCGAUGAGAUUGCGCUGUAUGACCGGCAGAUCCGCCUGUGGGGGAUGAAAGCCCAGGAGAAGAUCCGCAAUGCCAACAUCCUCCUGAUCACCAUGAGGGCGCUGGCCAACGAGAUUGCGAAGAACUUGGUUCUCGCUGGCAUCGGCUCCAUCACCAUACUCGACUCCGCGGUCGUCACGCCCGCCGACCUGGGAGCCCAGUUCCUCCUCUCCGAAGGGGACAACCCCGUCGGAACCAACCGCGCAGCAGCCGCCGCCGCCGCCCUGCAGCGCCUCAACCCGCGCGUCCGCGUGCACGUCGACACGAUCGACGUACGGCUCAAGCCGCCCUCCUUCUUCGCGCCCUUCGACGUUGUGAUCGCCACCGACCUCGACUCGGACACCCUCAACAUCAUCAACACCGCCACCCGCCUCAACAACCGCCCCUUCUACGCCGCCGGCAGCCACGGCAUGCACGGCUUCCUCUUCGCCGACCUGAUCGAGCACGACUUCGUCAUCUCGCGCGCCAAGGCCAACGUGCCGACCCCUCUGGGGCCGGAGACCCGCACGCGCUCCGUGCUCGCCGUCUCCCCGAAGCCGGGCGACGAAGCCCGCACCGAGCUGGUCACCAAGCGCGAGCUGUACUCGACCUGGUACCUCGCCACGGGCGCGUCGCAGCUGCCGGCCGAGAUCCUGCGCUCGCCGCGCCGCCGCCGCGCCGUGACGCCGUACCUCUCCUGCCUGCGCGCGCUCUGGGAAUUCACCGCGCUCAACGGCGGCCAGCCGCCGCAGCGCGACAACCGCGCGCACCUGGCGCAGUUCACGCGCCUGUGCACCGAGCAGCACCGCGCGCUCGGCCUGCCGGCCGACACGCUGCGCAGCGAGGCCCUGCGCUCCUUCCUGCAGGACGUCGGCGGCGAGAUCGCCCCCGUCGCCGCCGUGCUCGGCGGCCAGCUCGCCCAGGACGUCAUCAACGUGCUCGGCCAGACCCAGCAGCCGCUGCAGAACCUGGUUGUUUUUGACGGCGACGCCAUGGAGGCUUCCGUCUACGCCCUGCACCCCGACGGCGACCUCGGCAGGGCGCUGCUGCCGCUGUCCGCCGGCGGUGUGGGUGUUGCUGCGGCUGCUGCGGCUGCGGCUGGCGGGGGAGGUGUCGAGGCGCCUGUGGGUGUUGGGGCGGUGGGAGUUGGCCCGGUUGGUUGAGCUCUGGUCUGGGAACGGGUUGCCGGUUCGGUUAUUUGUAAAAACAAGGGGCUGGCAGUGAGUUGGGCAGACGUCGUUACAAAAUUUCUUGUAAGAGUAGAUACAUCUCGGCGGCUGGCUUGAUCUUCAGACCGCCUGGUUUGGUUCGGCAUCCUGCGGACUCCCUUCCUGGGGCAGGAUCUUGGAUGGGAGAUGAU